UGAUUUACAACCAGGAAGAGAGCAGCAGGUGCCACCGGAAGCUCUGUGUGAAGAAGGGGGAGAAAAAAAAGAAGCUAGCGGCUUUCUAUAACUGCCGCAACCCAACUCAUCAAAUACAAGAAGGUGCACAGAACAGCGAGAAUUUAAAACGUUUGACCUUUUAGUUGACAGACUCCAGCUAAAAUGAGCGCUGCUGUACCCAACCAUCGAAGGACCAAGCCCGGAGGCAUCAAGCCCGGAGCUGCUAACAGCGGCGCCACUGGACCCACCUCCCAGAUUCCUGGUCUCUGCCAGAGCGCCACCGACUGCCCGGCGGCGGAGAGGACCAGCGGGCGGCGAGUUGGGAUAUUUGAGACCGACUCGGACUACGUCAAGCUGGCAAAGCAGGGAGGACACAAAGGGCUACUGAGUCACGACGUGGAUGCCGAGGACACACCGAAGAAAGACUACAACCCGCCCAACUGGUUCGGAGGGGACGAGUCGAAGAGCGGAAGCAAAGCAACGUCUCCUGACAGCCAGAUGAGGGCGGGCAGGCAGCCUCUGGCUGCUCCGUUUGGCACUGAUAACAAUUCCUCCUGGGAAAGAGAGACUGAUAGGUUUACCCACGGUAAAGAGAAGUUCUUCAGCCGUGAGUCCUGUUGUUCCUUCUUAUAUAACUUUGGAUCUGGAUCCCUCUCCAACCCGCAGAUGUCUCCGGAUGAUGCGACUGAGCAGUUGGAGGGUCUGUCCAUGACCAACAAGUAUAAGAGAAUAUCCUACGAUAAGAAAGCUCCUCCGGCCACCAUGUCCAAGCUGCUCAGCCACGGCUACAUGGAGGAGAAGAAGAAGUCUGGCAAUGAUGACGAUGCUUCAAGUGUGACCUCAGAACAGACCAGCACCGUGAUGACGGAGGACGUGGAUGAUCUGGAGUAGUUCGCUCAGGUUCUGGGCUACAAGAAAAAUGGGGCUGAUCAUUAAGGUUAUUUUUCCCCCCCAGUAAGGGUGUGAACACACCUCUCUACAACUGUUAGGUUUCACUCAUGUUUAUUGUAAAGCCGCUGACUGUUAGGUUACACUCAUGUCUAUGGAAGGUACUCUCGUUAUUAUUUAUUGAUUUAAUUUGUAUAGAAAGAAGGAGCAGAAACGCGUGUUUCUGAGUAGACUAGUCAGUGUUAGUGACCUUUUUUUUUAUUAUUAUUAUUAUUUUGAUUUCUGUGCUCGAUUUGAAAGCAGGGCUGGAAUCUUAACGGCGGCCGUUUCGUUGGCGGUUUUUAACGUUUGCUUCCCGCCCUGGACGUAUGAAGAUCGACUUGGUGAAGUUUUAAGUGUCUGUGUGCUGGUGACUCGUGGUUCCAGUGACGUGAAGUUUUAAUUUGCUCCCGCCGUCCUGAGCUUGGUGCGUGUGUGUUUUUUUUUAAUUUUUUGCGGCUGAGGCGGCGAGCGCGACCGCAUGACGAAGGGAAAAAGCCGACGGCCGGAGUCGCUGUGGUUUGUUUGGACAAAAAAAGGAGCCAAAUCUUAUUAGUUUUCCUCUCGCCUUGAUCCCACUAAUAGCUCUGUUUUAUGCUUCAAAAAUGGAGAAAUGUAAGGCCUCUCUGCUGUGUUUACCUGCCAAAAUAGUAAGAAUAAAUCAGACCGAGCUGAAGCAAGUGGCUUUAGCUGCUUUAGUGCGAAAGUGCCAAGCUUGUCUCGCUGUGAAAUCACUACAUUCCCCCUUCAGCCAAGAUUAAAACGACAGUUUUCAGUUUUUGACUAAAGCAACUUGAAUUUUAAAAAAGCUCCAUUUUUCCAUCUAAUUUCUCCGCCUUCUUCGGAAAACGUCUAAAUCUAGAGUGAAAUCGUCUUUAAAAAGUGCCGACGCCUCGCCGUCCCCCGCUCCUCUUUUUUUGGCACAAAUCCUUAAAAAGCAGCAGAGGAACGGGCCUGAAAUGAUCCCGGAUGAGGUGGCAGCCGGGGAACAGAGGGAUCUCACGGCGCUGCGGCAGACGGAGAGCUCCUGAUCCUCCUACUUUUUUUUGUCCCAUUACGUCCACUGCCAGGACAACGGGAGGUGAUGGACUCCUGUCUCACGUCAUAAAUGCCUUCGCCUGCUCUCGUCUAACGGCAGUCAUUUCAAGGCCCGACUGAGCCGCCUGACUAACAUCCUAAUCCCACAGGGACAUGUGUCGAUAGACACGUUGCUCAGAAAUCUCUGUAAUAAAUCCAACUGAUUAAUAACCCACAGAAAUCUUCAACUCGGCUGUUUUUUUUUGUCGUUGAAAAACGUGUCGUCUCAAGAGUGCCGACCCUGGAUUUAUUUUGGCGGCGCGGGGGAACGGAGAAUGUAUCAUGUUCUGGUCUUUCACUGCAAAAACGGA